UUGGCAGCCAGCGAGCACCGAGCCGGCUGGGAGGGUUUAGAUGAUGUGAUGCGAUCUAACACGGGUGGCCGGCUGCAGCUACGGGCGGACUGGCACUUAAAUAGCGGUUGUCGACGUGGACCCUGCUCUUUACUCUGACUGUGUUUGUUUGUGUGUGUGUGUGUGUGCGUGUGUGUGUGUGUGUGUGUGUGUCGUCGCCGAAGGAGCGGAGGCGCAGAAGCCCGGAGGCUGACCGAAGCGCUCCAUCACUGCAGAGUUUCUCCAGUCAGUCAUGAUGUCAGUACAAACGCCCCCUCUCUCCCGCUCUGGCUCCUCCCCUUCCAAUGUGGGUAUGGCCAAUCGCAGCGGCCAGUCCGCCACCCCUCCCACCUCCCUCAGCCUUCGCUCAUCAUACAACCAGCUUUUGGGGCGUGAUGUCAUCAAGGAGUCCAUGGAAACAGGAAGUUCAGCCACCCUGCCAAAGAGCCGUCAGAGGUACACGAUGACCAGUGUGCGGAGCGUCAUGGGGAUCAGUGACAACCUCUCUAAAAACCAGCCUGUUACUAGAGGACGGGGUCUCCCCACCAAGUCCUCCUCGAGCUCUGCCCUCUACUCUUCUUCUUCCUCAUCCUCGCUCUUCAACAACACCAAUCCCAAACUGGCCAAGAACGGGGCCAACAUGCAGAGACGAGCUGAAAGCCAGCAGCUGGAGCUGAGCAGGGCCACCACAGAGGGCAAGAUCCACAAUGAUGUCAUUAACAACCCCAGCUCUGAUUGGCUGGACAACUCACAGCUGCCCCCCUUUCGUAGAAGGACCAAGAGCUUUUUGGGGUACCACGAAAAGGGAUGGGAUCUAGACCUCAGCUGGGGAAAGAAGGAGGAGAAGGAGGAGAAGAAGCAGCAGCCAUCCCCAGAGAAGGAGCAGGCCAGUCCUGACAAAGACAAGGAGAGCCAGAAGGAGGAGAAGCCCAGCAUUAAGCAGACCUGCGAGGACGUGAGGGAGGAGAAGGAAGAGGUGGAGCCAGUGGUGGAGGAGGAAGAAGAGGAAGAUGACCCCACACCAAUACCAAGACAACCCCUGCUACCGGUGGUGAUGGAAGCCCCUCUCUCCUCCACCUCCACCUCCUCCUCUUCCUCAAAUAGCCCAGAGUGGGUCCUAGACAACCAGAACCAGGCUCCAGUCCAGAUCAAAGAAGAGCUCUGUGUCCCGGUCCAGGCAAGUCCACGCAGUCCUGCAAAGCCUCCUCGCAGCACCCAGCCGAGGGUAAUAAAGGUGGAGCUGCAUCCAAACAAUGAGAACCAGUUCUUGCAGCAGUUUCCCCCUUCCUCCCCUAAGCAGGCUAGAGCUGCAGAGAGGAGCACCCCAACCAGAAACAAGGCACCCCCUGCUCUCCCUGAUCCUGAAUCGGAGACUGGGCUCCCUAAGGUGGGCCUAAGGAUGGACCUGACUCCUGACACUCCUUCAGAGGACGAAGACUCUAGCUGGACCACUCUGUCCCAGGAGUCGCCCUCUCCCCAGACUCCAAAGGAAGCGGAUGUUUGGAGCGAGGGGGAUCUGCCCCCCGGCUGGAGAGAGAUCUCGGACUCAUCAGAGGUGUAUUUCUGGCAUGUCCCCACUGGCACUACACAGUACCACCGACCUGUUGCAGCUGGCAACCAACAAACCUCUCCCAGCGCUGAGCCAGACACAGAGCAGGACCCACACCAGUACACAGAGGACUGCCUGAAGCCCCCUAACGAGCGCCCUAGCAGUCUGAUAUCUGACAGCUCGGUGGAGCCAGUCCCUUCACCCACUGGCUCCUCCUCCACCCCCUCCCCCUCUUCCUCCUCCACCCCCUCCAAUGAUGUCACCUCUUCUGGACCAAAUCUCAAUAUUACCACCUGCACAGCCAACGAUCUGAAGGACUAUCCAGUCUACCCAGACCCCAGUCUGAAGGCGUUUGAAGGGGCGACUCUCCGCUAUGCUUCACUUAAACUCAAUCCCUCAGCACAGCUGGAGACAGUGGACCUCAAUAACACUGUCUCUGAUUCAGAGGAAAUGUCAUUUCCUGUGCGCUCUCUGGGCUGGGUGGAGAUGGCAGAGCAGGACCUGUGUGAGGGGAGGAGCAGUGUGGCUGUCCACCACUGCAUCAGACAGCUGUCAUACUGCAGGAGAGACAUACGUGAUUCAGCCGGGGUCUGGGGAGAGGGUAAAGGGAUGCUGUUAGUGCUUCAGGACCGCAUGCUGACCCUGGUUGACCCUGAUGAUCGCAGCCUGCUGCACUCACAGCCAAUCAGUAGCAUUCGUGUCUGGGGUGUUGGUCGAGACCACGACAGAGAAAGGGAUUUUGCCUACGUGGCGAGAGACAAAAACACACGGGUGCUGAAGUGCCACGUGUUCCGAUGUGAUACUCCUGCCGCAGCCAUCGCAACAAGUCUCCACGAAAUCUGCUCCAAGAUUAUGGCUGAGAGGAAAAGUGCCAAGGCUGCAGCUGGCAGCUCCUCCCAGACAGGCUCAGAUGUACCCCUACAAGAGUUUCCCUUGCCAAAGACUGAGCUGGUGCAGAAGUUUCAUGUUCUGUAUCUGGGUAUGACAUCUGUGUCUCGCCCCAUAGGUAUGGAUGUUAUAAAUGGGGCCAUAGACAACCUCGUGACCUCCACAGGCAAAGAGGACUGGACUCCUGUCAUACUAAGUAUAGCUGACACCACUCUGGCUGUCAUUAAAGAAAAGGAGGAGGAAGAGGAGGUGUUCGUGGAGUGCCGUGUCCGUUUCUUGUCCUUUAUGGGCGUUGGACGGGAUGUGCACACAUUUGCCUUCAUUAUGGACACUGGCAGCCAGCAUUUCCAGUGUCAUAUUUUCUGGUGCGACCCGAACGCAGGCAGUGUGUCUGAGGCAGUGCAGGCAGCAUGUGUGCUGCGGUAUCAGAAGUGUCUGGUGGCACGGCCGCCCUCCCAACGCGCUGGCUCCUCCACCUCACCUUCUUCGGAGACAGUGACCCGCCGGGUGACCACCAGCGUGAAACGUGGCGUUCAGUCUCUUAUAGACACUCUGAAACCCAAGAAACAGCCGCCAGAACUCCCCCAGCAAUGACCGUCACCAGUGACCACAGCAGCACCCUAAACCACUCACACACAAUCACCAAGACAACACAAUAGCAGUACCAGCCAUGGUAACUAAUGAUGUUCAUAUAUAUUAGCAAACACCACUGCAGAGGAGGGGAUGGGAGGCGUUCAUCCAGUUUUUCCUGAUGAUGAUAAAAUGACAAGAAGUCGUGUGAUGAGGAGGACUGGAAAUGCCCGUGUCAUUGUCUGAACUUUGACCUGUGAACGCUGCUGGCUCCUGAUGGAAUGUGGAUAUCUUGGGCUGAUGGAUUACCGGAAAGGAUAAAGUUUUCUAGUAACAGACUGGUUACUUGGUUCAUCUCAUGCUCUGGUCUCCUCUGUAAAAGCAGUCAUCAGCACAUUAAGAGCUCUUGGACUGGACCCCUGAGACACCAAGCGAAGGGGAGCCUUCAAGGACAGAGAAUGUGUUGUCCUGCUGUCAUCAAAUUUUGACAGGUGGAGAAAAAACAGGCAAAACCUGUCAUCCAUCAAAAAAAAGGCAUUACAACUGACUGAUCCCUUCAAUGUGUGACAGACCUGUAACAGAUAAAAUAUCCUCUGAGGAUGAGUGACAGGAUUUUAAUAAUGAAGCAUAUGUAAAUGAUUGUAAGUAGGAAGAAAGAAUUAAGGGCACAAGACUUGUAGAAGUGAGGGAAGGAUCAGAAAAAGAGAGAUGCGGGCUUUGAUUUUGCAUGUUUUCUUGAUGGGAUAUGUUUUUCUUCGGGGUGAGUUUAAAAAAAAUGAUGGAGGGAGGGGGAAGUGGUGAAAACACAAGAAAUAGAUGCUGUCAGCACAAGUCAUCUCCCCUUGACAAUGACUGGAUUUACACCUGCACAAACAAUCUGGCCUAUUUCUAACACAUUUCUAAUUAAAAGGUUUCUCUGUGCUUUGCAGAAUGAAGAAAAUUCAAUUAAUCAGAAACAUUUACUUUACAUUCCUUGAUUGGAUGACAUCAGCAAAGAAUUGUCGCAUCAUUUAAUGUAUUUUAAUCAUUAAAUUAAAGAUUGUAAUUGUUUUGCAUACAUGCUUCAAAAGCAGAUUUUAAAAGCUUAUGAAUGUCACAUUGCCUCUGUUCAAACUUUACAAUUUCCUCAGGAAUCUUUUUUGCAUACACCCAAGGUUUAUGUAGUAGCAAGAGAAUCCAGAUCCAGGCUAUGACUUUGGCAGAUGAGAAGCGCUCAGGGCUAUAUGAAUAGUAGUUCACAGCAGUGUUGAGCUUGCUUGACAGUAUAGAAAAGACAGAAUCAGUGCCAGACAGUGAGGGCUCACUAUCUUUUUUUUUUUUCAGUAAAUCCAGCCAGACUACUCCCACUCACUAACAAAUUAUACACACAAACACACACAAAUACGCACAUACAGCAGUAAUAGUUUCCUGUCACUGCUAUCAAAACCUUAACACUGCUCUUAUGGCUCGGGGCCAUCACCUGCACUCGACAUGAACUCAGUGAACGUUGUCCGAUCUGAAUGAAAGAGAUGCACACACAAAACAAACAAGAGAUAUGCUGUAAAAACAUUUCAGUUCUGUUAUCUCACUCAUCUCUUCACCAUGUAAAUGUAACCUGAUGUGUCAAUAAAUGCAUUAUAAAAGGAAAAA